CUCGCGCAGCUGCGCCCGAGCUGUUAGAGGAAGAUGGCGGCGGCGGGCAGCAGACGAGCUCCGAUUCUCCUGCUGUUCAUCACGUCCCAGUGCCUCUGCGUGUUUGUGACUCACGGGUUAAAACCGUUGGCGAAUGGUAACCUUCAUCCUCCUCCUCCUCCGGUGGUGGUGGUGCCCGUGAACCGGCAGAUGAAGCUCGGAGGUGCUGCGGCGGCGGCGGUCUCCCAGGCGAGGAGGGCGAUCAGCUGGAAGCUGGCAGAAGAGGAGGCCUGCAGAGACGACGUGAGCCGCCUGUGUCCUAAACACACCUGGAGUAACAACCUGGCUGUGCUGGAGUGCUUACAGGACAGGAAUGAGGAAACGGAGAUCGCGUCCGACUGCAACCACUUGCUUUGGAACUAUAAACUGAACCUGACCACCGAUCCCAAGUUUGAGUCGGUAGCAGCUGAAGUGUGUAAAAGUACAAUAUCAGAGAUUAAAGAAUGUGCAGUUGAAGAGAGAGGUAAAGGUUAUAUAGUGUCCUGCCUGGUGGAUCACCGCGGCAACAUCACGGAGUACCAGUGCAAUCAGUACAUCACCAAGAUGACCAGCAUCAUCUUCAGUGACUAUCGGCUCAUAUGUGGAUUCAUGGACAAGUGUCGAGACGAUAUCAACACGCUGCACUGUGGAAGCAUCACCACUGGGGAGAAAGACUUGCACUCACAAGGUGAGGUCAUCGCAUGUCUGGAAAAAGCUUUGGUGCGAGAAGCAGAGCUGCAGGACAAAGUUCACCAAAUCCGAGACGACUGCAAGAAGGCCAUCAUGCGAGUGGCCGAGCUCUCGUCCGACGACUUCCACUUGGACCGAUACCUCUACUUUUCCUGUCGGGAUGAUCGAGAGCGAUUCUGUGAAAAUACCCAAGUUGGAGAAGGCAGAGUUUACAAAUGUCUCUUUAACCACAAAUUUGAGGAGUCCAUGUCUGAGAAGUGCAGAAACGCCCUGACCACUAGGCAGAAGCUGAUCGCUCAGGACUAUAAGGUCAGUUACUCUCUGGCAAAAUCGUGCAAGGCCGAUCUCCGCAAAUAUCGCUGCAGCCUGGACGCCAACAUGCCCCGCGCCCGAGAGGCCAGACUGUCCUACUUGCUCCUUUGCCUGGAGUCUGCAGUGCACAGAGGACGCACAGUGAGUGGAGACUGUCAGGGCGAGAUGCUGGACUACAGGCACAUGCUGAUGGAGGAUUUCUCCCUGAGCCCAGAGAUCGUGCUGCACUGCCGGGGUGAGAUCGAGGCUCACUGCUCCGGCCUGCACCGUAAAGGAAGAACCCUGCACUGUCUCAUGAGGGUGGGCCGAGGAGACAAGGGGCCGAUGGACAGCCACUGCCAGAGCGCACUCCAGGCACUCAUCCAGUCUGCUGACCCUGGUGCUGAUUACCGCAUUGACCGGGCUCUCAAUGAAGCGUGCGAGUCUGUAAUACAGACAGCUUGCAAACACAUUCGCAGCGGAGAUCCUAUGAUCCUCUCGUGUCUAAUGGAGCAUCUCUACACAGAGAAGAUGGUAGAUGACUGUGAGCACAGGCUGCUGGAGCUGCAGUACUUUAUCUCUAGAGACUGGAAGCUCGACCCUGUUUUGUACCGGAAGUGCCAGAACGACGCGUCCCGGCUCUGUCACACACACGGCUGGAACGAGACGAGCGAGAUGAUGCCCCCAGGCGCCGUGUUUUCCUGCCUCUAUCGUCACGCUUACCGUACAGAAGAACAAGGCAGACGGCUCACUAGGGAGUGUAAAGUGGAAGUCCAGAGGAUCUUGCAUCAGAGGGCUUUGGAUGUGAAGCUGGACCCAGAACUCCAGAAACGCUGCAUGACGGACCUGGGAAAGUGGUGCAGCGAGAAGACGGAUACUGGUCAGGAACUGGAGUGUCUACAAGAACAUCUGGAUGAUCUGAUGGGAGACUGCAGGGACGUGGUGGGAAACCUGACCGAGCUCGAGUCUGAGGACAUCCAGAUCGAAGCGCUGUUAAUCCGAGCGUGCGAACCCGUCAUCCAGACCCACUGCCACGACGUGGCUGAUAAUCAGCUAGACACGGGGGAUCUGAUGGAGUGCCUGGUGCAGAACAAACAUCAGAAGGAGAUGAGCGAUAAGUGCGCCGUCGGAGUGACGCACUUCCAGCUGAUUCAGAUGAAGGACUUUCGCUUCUCCUAUAAGUUCAAGAUGGCCUGCAAAGAGGACGUCCUCAAACUGUGUCCCAACAUUAAAAAGAAAGGUGAUGUAGUGAUCUGUUUGAGCACCACGGUGAGGAACGACACUCUACAGGACGUGAAGGAGCAGCGCGUGUCCCUGAAGUGUCGCAAACAGCUGAGAGUGGAAGAGCUGGAAAUGUCUGAGGACGUUCGUCUGGAGCCCGAGCUGCACAGCGCGUGUAAGAAGGAUAUCGAGAGGUUUUGCUCUUCUGUUUCAUUCGGCAACGCUCAGGUCACUGAGUGUUUAAAGGAUAAUAAACAGCUGCUGUCUCACACGUGCCAUCAGAAAGUGUUUAAGCUCCAGGAGGUGGAGAUGAUGGACCCUGAGCUGGACUACCAGCUGAUGAGAGUGUGCAAGCAGAUGAUCAAGCGUUUUUGUACCGAGUCGGAUGCCAAGAACAUGCUGCAGUGUCUGAAACAGAACAAGAACAGUGAGCUGAUGGACCCCAAAUGUAAGCAGAUGAUCACCAAGAGGCAGAUCACUCAGAGCACAGACUUCAGGCUUAAUCCCGUGCUGCGGAAGGCCUGUAAAGCAGAUAUUCCCAAAUUUUGUCAGAGCAUCCUGAACAAGGCCACGGAUGACAGCGAACUGGAGGGUCAGGUCAUCUCCUGUCUCAAGCUGAAGUAUGCCGACCAGCGUCUGUCUUCAGACUGUGAGGAUCAGAUCAGUGUGAUCCUUCAGGAGUCAGCGCUUGAUUACAGACUGGAUCCUCAGCUUCAGCUUCACUGCAGAAAGGAGAUUACGGACUUGUGUGCAGAAGAAGCCGCUGCGCAGGAACAAACAGGCCAAGUGGAGGAAUGUCUGAAGACGAACCUGCUGAAGCUGAAACAUGACAUUUGCAGGAAGGAGGUCUUGAACAUGCUUAAAGAGAGCAAAGCAGACAUUUUCGUGGAUCCGGUCUUACACACGGCCUGUGCCUUGGACCUGAAGCACCAGUGCGCUGCGAUCCCCCCGGGGCGAGGCCGGCAGAUGUCUUGUUUGAUGGAGGCUCUCCAGGACAAGCGGGUCAGACUGCAACCCGAGUGUAAGAAGAGACUGCAGGACCGGAUAGAUAUGUGGAGCUACGCAGCCAAGGUGGCUCCAGCUGAAGGUUUUGCAGAUCUGGCUUUCCAAGUGAUUUCGUCACCUUCCAAGAAUUAUAUCCUGCUGGUGAUCGCCCUGGCCGUGUGCGUCCUCUUCGCGGUGGGAUUGCUGUGUGGACGAAUCACUAAACACGUGACCAGGGAACUGAAGGAUAGGUAGAGCCUGGAUCCUGAGCUGGAUCCUCAGUCUCGUUCUAGAAAGAAAAAAAUCAUUUUAAAAAAAGAAGAAGAAGAAGAAGAAGAAGGGUAAAAGAGGCCUAGACGUGUUUUGACCACUUAUUCACUGUUCUAAUCCUGACCCGAGUGUCCUGCUUUACCAUCCCUGAUUUGGGAGGCUGUAAGUAACCUGGUGUUUGUUGGGUCAGCACCAUGUCCCAGGCUCAUUCUGCUCUGUGCUGCCCCCUGCUGUGAAAGUCCCAGAAUACACCUAUGAAAAGUCUGCAGACUCGAGCAUUCUGGGACACUAAUCUAUCUCUGCUGUCUAUUUUUUCCUCGCCUGAUUUUGAUUGAUUGUUUUAUUGGACUUACUGUGCAAACAACACGCCACGACGGUGACACGCUUUGCGAACGAUUCACUAUUAUCUCCGUUGCAUAACGAUACGUUUUUCUAGGUUUUAGUCGUUUUGGUUUUACACUCAGACACACAGCCAUACAGCUUCAUUUAAAAAACAACAGUAUUUAAAUAUCACUGGAUCCGAGGAUGUCCGAGUUUGGGUGAAAAUGCCGAAUGGAGAUAUUUAAAAGAAGUGAAUAACUUAUGGAGAAACUUUAUAACUUAUAACAUUGGUCCCUUUUCUCUCUCUGAAUCGUGCCCGAGUUUCCUGCCGUCCGUCCUAAACGAGGCUAAAUGAGUUAAACAUGUUUUUUUCCCUCUUAUUCACACGAUACAGAACAGAGUUUAUAAAAAACUUGCUUCAUUUCUCUGUAUAAUUCAUUAAAAAAAAUGUCCUUUCAUGGUUUGUUAUGAGAAUCCUGAGAUGUCCAUAUUUAAGACCCCCGUCUGGACAAAUCCUUACAGAUUUAGGUGAAGGUCAUCAGUAAGGUUAUAUACAUGAUGCACAUUUCUCACAGUAUUUUACGUAUUAGAGAAACUUUGACGGAAAAGUUCAGCGUCGGAUUUGUCUUCGUUUAACGUCCACGCUUUGUCUCUGAAAUACCCGGCGAAUAAAAAAAAGGGGUUUUUUUGUUGUUGUUUUUUUUUCUUCUGAUAACCAGCAAAGAGGUAAAAAUUCGUCGUCGGCAAUUUGAGUGUUUUUUUUUUUUUUUGUAGAGUUUGCUGCAAUGAGUUUGCGUGAACUCCAUAAAUUUGUGUAAAAAUCUGACGUUUUUUUUGUUUUUCAAAUCAAAUCUAUCAGAUCGAGCGUCGUCUGCUUCGUCGGAGGGGAUGAGACUCCAGGAAACUGACCUUUUGUACAAAAGCCUUAACGUGAUUAAUCACACUUUUACUGCUUUCACAUUUAACCUCAGUUUUCCAGUUUUAUAACGUAAUACAAGUUCCAGCUUUUCACUGUUCUGUCAAAUAAACAUCACACUGAAUGUUGUGACAUCAUUAAAAAAAAAAAAAGCUCUAGUCCUCCAGUUAUCAUUCACUCGGCCUGUAGGGGUCGCUGUAGGGGUCCGGAACCGAUCCCAGGCACCCUGUCAGUGAGGUGUGAAUACACUCCGAAUGGGUCCAUCAAGAGACAACACACACACACACACACACACACACACACACACACACACACACACACACACACACACACACACACACACACACACACACA